AUGGCGUCGCUUAGCAACACUGCACUUUUGCUCUUGGCCGCCGCGGCUGGCUCGCAGGCGGCGGCAGUCACGCCCGACCACUGGCACCGCGGCGCGUCGUGCAAGGCGUACCCCGGCGCGCAGGGCUGGCCCUCGGCCGAUGCCUGGAGCGGUCUCAACAAGACGGUAAACGGCCAGCUGCUGAAGCCGACGACGCUGCCCGGCGGCGUCUGCCACAAGGGACAGCCCAACUACGACGAGUCGCAGUGCCCCAGCCUCGCCAAGGAGUGGGAGACUUCCGAGUUCCACCUCGCGGACCCCAUCUCCGUCAUGUCCAACGAGUUCACCAACUACACGUGUCUGCCGGACCCCAAUACGCCCUGCAGUGCCGCUGGCUACCCAGCCUACGUGAUCAAGGUGACCUCGUCCGCGGAUGUCAAGGCCGGUGUUGAUUUUGCUCGCAACAACAACGUGCGCCUCAAUGUCAAGUCUAGCGGCCAUGAUUUCCUUGGUCGCUCUAACGCCCCUGGUACUCUGUCUCUCUGGACGCACCAUCUAAGCAGCAUUGAGUACCACCCCGGUCAGUUUAAGCUGGCCUCGGGCCGUACCUUCCAAGGCAACUCUGUCACCUUUGGCAGUGCGUCCAUCAUGUGGGACCUUUACAAAGCCCUUGACCAGUACGGCCAGACUGUGGUGGGCGGCGGCUCCAAGACGGUUAGUGCUGGUGGCUACAUUACUGGAGGUGGCCACUCGAUCCUGUCUCCUCGCUAUGGUCUUGCUGCCGACCAGGUCAUUGAGAUGGAAGUCGUGACUGCCGACGGCAAGAUCCAAAAGGUCAACCAGGACCAGAACCCUGACCUCUUCUGGGCUAUUCGUGGAGGUGGCGGUUCUACCUUUGGCGUCGUGACGAGUUUCACUGUCAAGACUGUCCCAACCCCCAAGAUGACCGUCACGCAAUUCGUUGCCUUUACAGUCCCUGGAUCUCCCAUCCUCAGUGACCUCAUUGGUUAUGUUGGCGCGCAGAGCCCAGCACUAAUGAAUGGUGGCUUGUCUGGUUACAACAUUGUCAGCAGCAACUUCUCAAACCCUGAUCCCGGCUCCGGUCUCCCCGACUACCUGGCCGGAUUUCAAGGUCGGCUGACCACUCUGGACGAUCCCAAUGGCAACGACACCAUUGCCAGGCUGUUCAAGCCCAUCAACGACACCAUCAACCAGCGCUGGCCCGGCAAGGCUGGUUUCUUCAGCAGCAACACCGAGUACAAGUCGUUCCUCGACUUUUUUGCUGCCAACUACGACACCGAGACGGUCGGCGACAACAAGUAUCUCAUCUCGCGACUCUUGAACCAGGAAGCCUUCAACGAUCCCAAGGCUCUGGGUAACGCGCUCCUGUCGGGUACUGGCCCCGGCGGGUUCUCAACUUUCUUCCUGGUUGGUGGCAAAGGUGUUCAAGAGGCCAAGCCUGCUGGUGGUAGCAAUGCUGUCAACUCCCACUGGCGCAGCGCUUACGUUCACACAAUCACCGCCGCUCAGGGCGUUCCAUUUGACAAGGCAGCCACCGACAAGAACCUCAAAGAGCUUGAAGACGCAUGGGCCCCUGUUCGCAAGAUCACACCCUCCUCUGGCGCCUAUAUCAACGAGGCCUCCAUUUUCGAGCCCAACUUUCACGAGAGCUUUUGGGGCACCAACUACCCUCGCCUUGCGCAGAUCAAGCGCAAGGUCGACCCUAACGAUGUAUUUUGGUGCACGCCCUGCGUCGGUAAUGAGCACUGGCACCAGCUUGAGAGUGGGCAACUGUGCAAAGUGUAA